AUGUUCUUGCAGAGUUUUCCUGAUCAAGACGUACUGGGCCAGGCUUUCGAAGAUGCACUAGAAGUCCUGCAGCAGCAUUCUGACAGAGAAAUGCAGUAUUCACCAGGUUAUAAAAGUUGCUUGACUGUGAUCAACCAUCACCACCACCUCCGAGCAAGUCCCAGCUACUCUGCAGCACCAUCUACAGAGGAGCAAGGGUAUAGCUGGAGAAAUGUGAUUAACAGUGCAGCAGAUUUUUAUGCAGAUGAGACUGUCUACCAUAUGCUGCAGAAUACUCCAGAAAGCCAAGUGAUGCAUGCUGCUGCUGGCCAGCCAAAAGCAGGGAAAGGUAGAAAAAAACUUCGACUGUUCGAGUACCUCCAUGAGUCUCUGUAUGAUCCAGCUAUGGCAAAUUGCAUCCAAUGGGUGGAUAAGCCCAAUGGCGUCUUCCAGUUUGUCUCCAAAAACAAGGAGAAACUUGCAGAGCUUUGGGGAGAAAGAAAAGGAAACCGCAAGAUCAUGACAUAUCAGAAAAUGGCGAGAGCACUGAGGAAUUAUGGAAGAACAGGUGAAAUAAUUAAAAUUAGAAGGAAGCUGACAUACCAGUUCAGUGCUGUUGUUUUAAAGAGACUCGCUCCAUCUUAUUUCUUGGGAAAAGAAACAGUUUAUCAUCCAUACAUUCAGUCUAAUCAAGAAUAUCAGUGUGCAGAUGACUGGAUGAGUUACAGUAAUUAUAUGUAUAACAAUGGCUAUGCAUUACAGCAUGCUAACAGCUAGACAUACCUUUCACAUGAGCAGGUCUUUGCUAGCUAGUAAAACUUUCCAGCACUGGAACUCUUCUCUGUACAUAGCUUUUCCUUUAAGAUAUCAUACAAAC